CAGGAUGAAGGACAGAGCAGGGCAGCAUAUCUGUCAGUGACGAGAUCAGCAAUUGAAUUAAGACAAGGGCUCGUUCGGCGGAGGAAGCAAGUCAGUCAGUCAUGACGCUCCGAAGCAGCAUCUUCCGGGGGUGAGUGAAAGAGAGGACACGCUCACGGACAAACAGACACGAAGACAGACAGAUCUGAUGAUUCCGACGGCUGACAGAGAGAGAGACCACGCCCCGUCAUCCCAUCUGUCUGUCUCUCUGUCUGCCUGUGUUGAUGGAAUGAAUGGCGUGCAGCAUGCAGGUGAUGGAGCUGGAGAGCGGCAGUGCCGUCGAGGCAACCACCAUAUGGGCAGACAAGAAAGUCCUCCUGCUGCUCGUCAGGUCAUGACACCAGAUGAAAGAGGAGCUCACAGACACAUGGCUUGAUGCAAAGAUGAACACGUGUGUGUGAUGUGACUCAUGCAGGCGGUUCGGGUGUGUGUUUUGCCAGCACCAGACAUCGUUGGUGCUGAGGGAGGAGGAGGUGCUCAAACGACACAACUACCACAUCGUCGCUGUGGGCAAGUGAGUGGAUGGAUUCGCGUGCAGACGGACACACCAACACCGAUGUGUGUGUGUGUGUGUGUGUGCAGUGGUACCCCUGACCAGGCCAGGAAGUUCAAGGAUGCGCUGACAUUCACCCACCCCAUCUACAUUGACAGCGACUCACAAAUGUAUGUGUGUGUGUGUGUGUAUGUAUGCGCAAUGACACACUCACAGGACAGAUGUGUGUGGCGUAUGUCUGUUGUGUGCAGGUUCAAGGCUCUGUCGAUGCCGCGUUGGUCGUUCUGGUACAUCCUUCGGACGUUCUUCAUGUCAUCCACCAACUUCUCUAUCGGUACGUCGCUGCACAAAAAGACGGGCACACGCCCUCAGAAAUCAUCGACGUUGGUGGUGUGCAUGUGUGCGUGCAGGAAGGGGUCUGAUGAAGGACUACCCGAAUGCCAAUCUGGAGGGCGAUGGGUAUCAAAGCGGCGGAAUCAUCGAACUCGAACCUGGUAUGAGGGCUCAUGGACCACCAGCACACACGCAUGCGCGUAUCGGUAUGAGAAUGUGUGUAUGGGUGCUGUGCUGCAGGUGAGUCAGCCAUCAAUGUCGUCCACCGAGAGGCCGAGAAGAUACAGGAGGGACAGUUCUGCGAACCCACCACCGUACGCGCACGCACUCGUAAUGGGAUCUGUCUGUGUGCGUGUCGAUGUCUGUGUGUGUGGCUGCAGUUGUUGGAAAAGCUUGGCAUCGAUGUGGGUGAGAGCGUGUCGGCAAAGCAAGAGGGGGAGCUCCCCACAGCCCCCGACAAAUGCACCACAUAGCCUAGUUGUGUGUGUGUCAGUGAGCCGCGUGUGUGGGGGUGUGUGUGGGUGCACUGCACCGUCUUUACAUGUGAGUGUCUGUAUGGUAUGUGUUGUUUAUUGCGUGUUUUGACUGACUAGUGGGUCCGGUGGCUGUGCUGUCUGUAUUCCAAAGGAAAGAAGGAAAGGAAGACGAGCCAUUUCGCAUGCAGCCAACCAGCUUCUUUUUGCGGAUACACAUAGUCAGACAGACCCGUGAAGAUAGUACGACGAUUCUCCCUAGUUGCGAUGACAAACGGCUGACCCGAUGCUCCUUGACCUGACUGACGUCGACUCAACAUGAACCAGCACGGUUCUUGCGCGAUGCCACCCUGCUUGCGGUGUGCUUGACUUAAUGCCGCUCUCACGCCUGAAGGGUUCGGUACCCUAGACCCGAAACCCUAAACCCUCGCCUCAAGCUCUGUCCUAGCUCGCAUUUUCGCGAAGGAGUCUCGUGAGAAAAAGAGGUCAGCAUCCUCCCCCAGCAAGCAGACACAAGACAGAGCUGAAGAUCUGACCAUCUGUGAAAAAGUGCGUCCCAUGUGCGUGUGGUCGGUAGGCUGUGUUUCCGUUGCCUCUCUCUCCAGUCUCUGCUGAAGGACAGAGAUCUGCCCCGGUAGGCAGGUGGAGACAGACAGCCACACGGCCACACAGAGAGAGGCAGCCCGGCUCACAAUGCGCAUGAUAAAUUGCUCCUUUGAGUGUGUGCCUCCAGGUGUCUUACUGACUGA